AGUCGGUGGUGGAAAGGAGCCACUGCACCGGUUCUCUUGACAGAAGAAUUGAGAUCGGCAGUCUCCUAUCGUAGCCUAUUUUGCACGCCGCACAUUACCCGCGCGCGGGACAUUUUCCAUGUCGACCGCGCCAGCCCACACACCCGCAGAAUUCGCCGAAAUGACGUGCGAUUGUCCUGUGAGUUCUCGUGUGCUGGUAGGACGAGCUAUGCCCGGCCAUCCAGUCUUCCUCUACGUCACUGCCAUCAAAGCCUGCCCUUUUAGGGGGCCUAAAGUGCUCAUCUUCUGGCGACGCAGGCGCCGCGCACGCCAUAAUCGUAUUUCGUGCAUGAUGUUCAUGGUGCGCCGGACCCGAGUCUAGUCUUUUGCUGUGUGCAUCAGCCUCUUGUGGUACAUUUACGGUGGGAAGUGGUGGGGGCGGGUGGUGGCGCCAGGUGGCGACUGGUGGUAG